GGCGCGCCGGAGCCUGCGAGCCCGCGAGCCAGCGAGCGGCGGCUGCGGCCUCCCUUACGCCGAGCGAUCGGGUGUCCCGGCCCGCGGCCCCGCUGACCCCGGGGCCCGUGCCCCCCGCGGCAGGGAUGCAUCAUGGCCACGCUGGCUUGCCGGGUGCAGUUCUUGGACGACACCGACCCUUUCAACAGUACCAACUUCCCCGAGCCCAGCCGGCCGCCGCUGUUCACGUUCCGCGAGGACCUCGCGCUCGGCACCCAGCUGGCCGGGGUCCAUCGGCUGCUAAGGGCGCCGCACAAGCUGGACGACUGUACUCUGCAGCUGUCCCACAAUGGCACCUACCUGGAUCUGGAGGCCACACUGGCAGAGCAGCGGGAUGAGUUGGAAGGCUUCCAGGAUGACGCUGGGAGGGGCAAGAAGCACAGCAUCAUCUUGAGGACGCAGCUGUCCGUGAGGGUCCAUGCCUGCAUCGAAAAACUGUACAACUCUUCUGGACGAGAUUUAAGAAGGGCCCUUUUCUCCCUGAAGCAGAUAUUUCAGGAUGACAAGGAUUUGGUGCAUGAAUUUGUCGUGGCUGAAGGUCUGACGUGUUUGAUCAAGGUGGGAGCUGAGGCGGAUCAGAACUAUCAGAACUACAUCCUGAGGGCUUUGGGCCAGAUUAUGUUGUACGUGGAUGGGAUGAACGGAGUAAUAAACCACAAUGAAACCAUUCAGUGGCUGUACACUCUUGUUGGCUCAAAGUUCCGCCUGGUGGUGAAGACGGCCCUGAAGCUGCUGCUGGUCUUUGUAGAGUACUCGGAGUCCAAUGCACCUCAUCUCAUUCAGGCUGUCUGUGCUGUUGACACCAAAAGAGGCAUUAAGCCCUGGUCAAAUAUCAUGGAAAUCCUGGAAGAAAAAGAUGGCGUUGACACGGAGCUGCUGGUUUAUGCAAUGACUUUGGUGAACAAGACGUUGUCAGGAUUGCCAGACCAAGACUCCUUCUACGACGUGGUGGAUUGUCUGGAGGAGCUGGGUAUUGCUGCUGUGUCCCAGAGGCAUCUGAACAAGAAGGGAACUGACCUGGACUUAGUGGAGCAAUUUAACAUUUACGAGGUGGCGCUCAAGCAUGAGGAUGGUGAAGAGAUAGCAGAGCCACCCCCCAGUGGGCUCCGGGACCGCAGGAGGGCCAGCGUGUGUUCUGGUGGCAGUGGGGGUGAGCAGCAGAGCAUUGACCGCAGGAGGAGCCGCAGGCACUCGGUUCAGACCCUCAAGAGUCCGCUGUCGGCUCCUACCAGUCCCUGCUCCCUGUCAGCUGCUGCCUUCAAGCCGAACCAAAUACGAGACCUCUGUGAAAAGGAUGAGGAGGAGGAACCAGUCACGGAACCCAAUUCAGAGGAGGAGAGAGAGGACGAUGCCCAGUGCCAGGGCAAGGACAGAGAUACCAGUCCUGCCUUAGAGCAGGGCACCACUGAGAAGGGUACUGCUCCCCAGAGUUCGGCGCUCCCAGACACCUCAAGUGACACCUUACAGGAAAAACGGAUCCCAACCAGCACAGCAGCAGGGAAUCUCCUGCACAGAGCAUCCUCUGGGCUUGAGGCCACCCGGCCUGCCCUCCUGCCACCCCCCAAUCCUGCCUCAGCUUCUCGGCCCCCCUCCACCACACUGAAGGUGUCGCCAACCACAGACAAGCUGCCCUACGUGCCCCACAGCCCCUUCCACCUCUUCUCCUAUGACUUUGAGGAUUCUCCCUUACCCACCAAGGAGAAGGAAGCAGAACCGCAGAAGGAGAACAGCAGUUCCCCUGACUCUUCUCCUUGGAACACACACACUGCUUCGGAGCCUUACAACUUCCGGUCUUUCUCUUCUAAUAGGUCAUCACUGAGUGGUCUUCUCACAUCAUCCUUUAGGCAGCACCAAGAGUCCCUGGCAGCAGAGAGAGAGAGGCGGCGACAGGAGAGAGAAGAAAGGUUGCAGAGAAUAGAACGGGAAGAAAGAAACAAAUUCAACCGAGAGUAUUUAGACAAAAGAGAAGAGCAAAGACAAGCAAGAGAAGGAAGAUACAAGUACUUGGAACAGUUGGCAGCUGAGGCACACGAGAAGGAGCUGAGAAGCCGGAGUGCAAGCCACGGCAGAACUGACCUCUCCUUGGACCUGACCUCACCGUCAGCCCCUGCUUUGCCUGCCCCUCUGAGCCAGAACUCUUCAUCCUUAAACCCGAAAGAGGCUCUCCACGUGUUACCCUCUUCCCUAGGAACACCUCUGCAUCCCCAAGUGAGUGCUGGGGAUCCUGAGCCUGAAUUGGAGGCAGAGGCAAGGCAAGUUGCCAAUGAAGCCAGCCAGGACAUAGCCUCUUCCCAAGGGGAAGCGGAGAGUGAAGGGGAGCGGGCACUGGAGCAAGAGCCAGAAGAGCGAGCCUCCCUCAGUGAAAAAGAGAGGCAGAACGAGGAGGUGAACGAGAGGGACAACUGCUCGGCCUCCAGCAUCUCGUCCUCCAGCAGCACCUUGGAAAGGGAAGAGAAGGAGGACAAGGUCUCCAGGGACAGGGCAACUGGUGUGUGGUCCGCAGGCAUUCAGGAUGGAGGUGUAAAUGGACAGUGUGGCGAUAUCCUCACCAACAAACGGUUCAUGCUGGACAUGCUGUAUGCCCAUAACAGAAAGUCCACGGAUGACGAGGAGAAGGACGAGAGAGAGACCAGGAGCAAGGAGCCGGAGGCGGAGGCGGAGGCGGUAGCCAGCCUCGCCUCCAGAAUAUCCACCCUGCAGGCCAACUCUCAGGCCCAGGACGAGAGCGUCAGGAGGGUGGACGUCGAAUGUUUGGACAACCGGGGAAGCGUAAAAGCAUUUGCUGAGAAAUUCAACAGCGGGGACCUGGGGAGAGGCCCUAUCUCUGAGGAUGGGUCCAAUGACAAGGUCCCCGAGACAGCACCUGCGCAGCUGAAAACAGAGUCCGACUACAUCUGGGACCAGCUCAUGGCCAAUCCUCGGGAGCUCAAAAUCCAAGACAUGGAUUUCACCGAUCUGGGAGAGGAGGACGACAUUGAUGUCCUGGACGUGGACCUGGGUCACAGGGAAGCCCCAGGACCACCACCUCCACCCCCGCCCACCUUUCUGGGUCUGCCACCCCCGCCCCCACCGCCCCUGUUGGACAGCGUCCCACCUCCUCCAGUCCCUGGUAAUUUAUUGGCUCCUCCUCCUCCAGUGUUUAACUCUCCUCAGGGCUUAGGGUGGUCCCAGGUACCCAGGGGUCAGCCCGCAUUCACCAAGAAAAAGAAGACCAUCCGUCUGUUCUGGAAUGAAGUCAGGCCUUUUGAUUGGCCAUGUAAGAACAACCGCCGCUGCAGAGAAUUCCUAUGGUCGAAACUGGAACCCAUUAAGGUGGACACUUCCAAACUGGAGCACCUGUUUGAGUCUAAAUCCAAGGAACUGUCUGUCACAAAGAAAACUGCUGCAGAUGGAAAAAGGCAGGAGAUCAUCGUUCUAGAUUCCAAGAGGAGCAAUGCCAUCAAUAUUGGUCUUACGGUCCUGCCCCCUCCAAGAACGAUUAAGAUAGCCAUUUUGAAUUUUGAUGAAUAUGCCUUAAACAAAGAAGGAAUUGAGAAAAUUCUAACCAUGAUUCCAACUGAAGAGGAGAAGCAGAAAAUCCAGGAAGCUCAGCUGGCCAAUCCUGAAAUGCCCUUGGGCAGUGCCGAGCAGUUCCUCCUCACGCUGUCCUCCAUCAGUGAGCUUUCUGCUCGGCUCCACCUCUGGGCGUUCAAAAUGGAUUAUGAAACCACAGAAAAGGAAGUGGCAGAACCACUUUUGGACCUGAAGGAAGGAAUAGACCAGUUGGAGAACAAUAAAACCUUGGGCUUUAUCCUGUCUACUCUCCUCGCUAUUGGGAACUUUCUAAAUGGAACUAAUGCCAAAGCGUUUGAGUUAAGCUACCUCGAGAAGGUUCCAGAAGUGAAAGACACAGUGCACAAGCAGUCGCUUCUCCACCACGUGUGCACCAUGGUGGUGGAAAACUUCCCAGACAGUUCCGAUCUGUAUUCAGAGAUUGGGGCCAUCACCAGGUCAGCCAAGGUUGACUUUGAUCAACUUCAGGAUAAUUUAUGUCAGAUGGAGAGAAGAUGCAAAGCUUCAUGGGAUCACCUCAAGGCAAUUGCAAAACACGAAAUGAAACCAGUUUUAAAACAGCGAAUGUCAGAGUUCCUAAAAGACUGUGCAGAGCGAAUUAUAAUUUUAAAGAUUGUCCACAGAAGGAUAAUUAACAGAUUCCACUCCUUUUUGCUCUUUAUGGGCCAUCCACCUUAUGCAAUUCGGGAAGUGAACAUAAACAAGUUCUGCAGGAUCAUUAGUGAAUUUGCACUAGAGUAUCGCACUACCAGGGAGAGGGUUUUGCAGCAGAAACAGAAACGGGCCAACCACAGAGAGAGAAAUAAGACCAGAGGGAAGAUGAUCACUGAUACUGAUGACGAGGAUGAAGUUGAGACUGGCAAGCUCUCUGGCAGUUGUCCGGUACCACCCAGCCAGCCGCAGGGUCUGAGCUAUGCCGAGGAUGCAGCUGAACAUGAGAACAUGAAGGCCGUACUGAAAACCACCUCCCCUGCCAUGGAGGAUGCCACGCCCGUGCUGGGCAUCCGCACACGCAGCCGGGCAAGCAGAGGAUCCACUAAUUCAUGGGCUAUGGGAACUGAAGACUCACAUACCAUCACAGACGAUGCUGCAGAUGAGAUCAUGGACCGCAUUGUCAAGUCGGCCACCCAAGUGCCCAGUCAGCGAGUGGUGCCAAGGGAGAGGAAGCGAUCUCGGGCCAACCGCAAAUCUCUGCGAAGGACCCUGAAGAGUGGCCUGACUCCAGAAGAAGCCAGAGCCCUGGGCCUGGUUGGCACCUCCGAGCUUCAGCUGUGACGUUCUUGGGGCACCCUCUGAGCAGAGAGAGUACCAGCUCCUGCUGCGCAGAACCCCUCUGGUGGGGAAGCAGGGGAGACUAGGUGUCACCACUUGGCUUCAGUUGCCUGUUGUGCAUUGACGUGGAUUUCCAGGAAUCUCCUGCACGAACUUUCCUCCUCAUAUCAGCCAUGUUUCUCUUGUUUCCUGGACACUUGGUUUAUUAGUUCCAAAGCGUGACACCUUUUCUGGGCAAGCAGCAGCCCUUUUAAGGAACAAAUCACUCCUGUCACAGUUGUUAUGGUAAUAUGAGGCAAUCUGAUUAGAUUCACAGACUGGUUCUCCACAACACCAAAAUAUCCAGAUGUUAAACUCCAACCUUGUACACAAAAGAAAGCACAGAUUGUUUACCAGUUGUGGAUUUUAGAUGUACUAAAUGUUUAUACAAAUUCAUAAAUGUACACCAUGUUUCAAAUACUAAAUAAAUAGAGUUUAAUGCCAAAA